CCCACUAGUUUGUAUGUAAAGUCGUUAUUAUUCAUUUUCCUUUGUGUGGUAAAUUGCAGGGAAAACAACACUAGAGUCAACCAAGAAGACUUAUGAAAUGACAAAACUCUCCCUGAGAAAACUUUGAAGAACCCCCCUCCCUCCCUCGCUGGCCACAGGACAGGAAACAAGAGAGAUGGAAGAGAAAUUAGGUGUUACAGAAGCUCAGAUGAUAAAAGCUUGUUGUUUAGCUGUGAGAUCACACAAGUCCAGUGGGUAUAUAAAGGAAUCUGGCAGUGAGGAUACUGUUUUUGCGUUUGGUGGAUCAUGGGCUGAUCAAGAUUUUUACUCCCAUGAGCCUUUUGGAGAGAUUACCAUCGAUCCUUCACUCUUUCCAUCACUAAAAAGCGUCGGUAAUAACGAACCUGCAAAGAUCAAUCAAGGCUUCUUUCGUCGAUUUCAAGCUCUUCUUCUGCAAACAUUGCAGGCUGAGGUGGAGAAAGCAAUCAAGAAAGCAAAGCCCAUAAUAUUCACAGGUCACUCUUCGGGUGGCCCGGUGGCGAUCUUAGCAGCCGUCUGGUACCUGGAGAAGUACACAAGAUCUAGCGGCGACCCGUGUAAAUGUUUAACUUUUGGGUCACCACUUGUAGGCGACCGUAUAUUCACACACGCUCUAAACCGAGAGAACUGGGCUCGUUUCUUUCUGCAUUUCGUAGGAAGAUACGACAUUGUUCCUCAAAUAACACUAGCCCCCUACUCCUCCCUUAAAACUAAAUUUGGUCAAAUUCUUGAUUUCUUCAAUCCGAAAUCAAGCAACUUUCAUAAAUCAUCCAUCCUGAUCUCCCAAGAAGCUUUGACUUUUUUCAAAACGGUUUUGAAGAACGCAUCGUCUGUUGCUAGUCACGCAGCUUGUAAUCUAAUGGGGAGUACCAACUCAUUACUUGAAAUCAUAUCCAGUUUUGUUGAACUUAGUCCUUACAGACCUUCCGGAACCUUUAUCUUUUGUACCGGAAAUGGGAAACUGGUUUGUGUAAAGAACCCAAAUGCAGUUCUUCAGAUUCUGUUUUAUUGUUGUCAGCCCGGUGAUGAGUCUGAAGUUAAAGAUGCAACAAGCAGAAGCUUAUAUAUGGAUUACAAUAAGGAACUAGAAGACAGUUUAUUAGGGAUGCAAGAUGUUGUGUACUUGGACGAUGAUGAUGAUGAUGAUACGGAGAUCCCAUUGUCUGCAAACACUAAUGCUUCCGGUGACACUGCAUCUAUAAACGCAGCUCUAAAGGAUCUUGGCCUGAGCACGCGAGCUAGGCUAUGUCUUCGAGCAGCACAAGCAUUUGAAAAGAAAAAGUUGGAAUACCAAAAGACGAUUGAUUCAAAGAUACCAAUGAUCAUAAAAAUGCACGAUGUGAUAGCCGAUUAUCAAAAGGCGUGUAACGAUCGCAAGAUCGGUUAUUAUGACGCUUUCAAGAUUCAAAAGGGUACUCCUGACUUCAAUGCAAAUGUGAAAAGGCUGGAACUUGCAGGCAUUUGGGAUGAGAUUGUAGAGAUGUUGAAACGAUACGAACUCCCAGAUGGGUUCGAGAGCCGGCCCGAGUGGGUCGAGCUUGGAACCAAGUUCAGGAAACUGGUGGAGCCACUAGACAUAGCUAACUAUUAUAGGCACUCGAAAGAUGAGGACACUGGAACCUACUUGAGAGAUGGUGGUCGACCGAAACGUUACAAGUAUACUCAAAGGUGGCACGAGCAUGCUCAUAGGCUCAAUGAAGGGUCUAGCUCGGAGACCAUUUUUUGGGCUAAAGUGGAAGAGCUGAGGAGGAAACCGUUUGCUGAAGUUAAGGAUCAGAUUGUUGGUCUAGAGAAACAAGUGAGGGAGUGGGUUCAGACAGAAGAGCUCAACAAUGAUGUGUUUUUGGAGAAAUCUACAUUUGUGGAGUGGUGGAAAACACUCCCACAACAACAUAGAUCUGAAUCUUGCCUCAGACUGCAGUUUGGACAUUGAUGUUUGGUCCGGAAGUAAGCAACUAUAACUAUGUCUUUGGAGUUGGACAUCUCUAUUUGUUCCCUGGGAUAGAGGUAAGGUUUGCCCCAUCACACCCUCCGCAGACCCUACCCAUAACUCUGGUAUGUGUAGGAGGAUUAUACUGUAAACGUCUGUCUAUUUGUUUGUAACCAUGUAUGAGUUUAAGGUGAAAAAAAUAAUGCCCCCAGUUUGGCACCUAUGUAACUCUUUCAGUUUCAAUAAUAUUGAUUUACAAUUACUUGUAAUCA